AUGGAUAAUCAAUCAGUAAAACGAAAAAGAGGACCGUAUAAAAGAUAUCUUUAUCAUGGUAGUACUGAAAAAAUUCCCAAACGUACUUUAAAUUAUUGGAAAGCUCAAGAAACUGCCCGUCUACUUCAUACAUCUUCCGAUUCUGAUGAACCAGUUACUGCCGUCAAUGAAGUAUCAUCAAAGGACGAAAUCAGCGACAUAGUCAGAAAUUUAACAAUAGUUGUAGAUAACACAUCUAAUGAAAUAGAAUUAGACCCGGACCAGCCAGCUAUUAACCUCGAUAGAAAUGACGAAGAAAUUUGUUUUUCGAGUUACGACGAAUCCAGUGAUGAAUCUGCUGGAUCUAGUGAUGAAAACAGCGAUUCAAAUGGUUUAUUAUGCAAUGAAUUUUAUAGAUAUGUUUCGGAUGAAGAUGAAGAAGAAGAAACAGAUAUUGCAGAAGAAGCAAAUUAUGAAAGAUUGUCGUCUGAAACUUAUGUGUGUGAUAAAUACCCAAUUCAAGUUUUGAUACGGACAUUAUUUGUAUUGGCCUUCAAAUUAAAGUUUAAUGUUACUAAUGAAGCUGCUGAAAAUGUUAUUAAACUUACAGAAGCAUUGAAUGGUGAACGGUCUGGAUUCACAUCGUUGUAUCAUUUAAAAAAAAUUAUCAACUACCAUUCAAUACCAAUUGAAAUUCACCACCUAUGUCUGAACUGUUGUUCUUAUAUCGGCGAAGAAUCGGUUCUCAAGACAUCUGCUAAUUCUAAUGAUGGAGUUGAAAAAACAAUCAAGUGUUCUAAUUGUGAAGUACAUGUAAACAUUAAGGAAAAUCAUAAUUCAAGGAAUAUAUUCAUGUAUUUAUCACUUACUGAGCAAUUGAAAGAAUUUUUUGGACGUUAUUCUGAUAGUUUAUUAUGUGAAACUCCACGUAAAAAGUUGUGCUCAUACGCAGUGGAAGAUAUUUUUGAUGGAAAGCUGUUUAAAGCUCCCCUUCCAGAAGAAAAUUACGAAAGUAGUAUAAGUCUCAAUUUUAGCGUUGAUGGGGCUCCUCUAUUUAAAAGUUCCAAUACUUCAAUAAUACCUAUUGUUUUUACCAUAAAUGAAUUACAAGUCCGAUUUCGUAAACAGCACAUUUUACUAUGUAGCGAAAUAAAACCUAAAGGCAGAGGGCAUGUGCGGGUUUACCCAAUUGAUAAUGAUGGUAACGCUUUUGGAGAAGGUUCUCGAAGUCAUGCUGAAACCUUGCAACAUGCCCUGACAGGUGACAAAGGAAUAAAACGACGUUCGAAUUUGUGCGAUAUUCCAAAUUUCCAUAUUAUCCACCAUUUGGACGUCGAUUGGAAGCACUGCGUUCCACUUGGGGUAUGUCGACAGUUCGCAAAUUUAUGGUUUGAUUCAAAAAAUCAUGAUAAAGAAUUUUAUUUUAACGCAUUCUUACCGGAAAUUGACGAUUACCUAAUGACUAUAAAACCAUCAAAAGAUAUUUCAAGAACGCCACGGAAAAUGUCUGAAAGCGCAUGA